AUGGAUAACACUGUGAAGAGUUCAUCUCGAAAAAGUUUCAUGCAAGAGUAUCAAAUUUCAGAUGCUCCAUCUGAGAUUUCUUCGAUGCAAAAAACGAAUUCAGACGAAUUAAAUAGUUUUGAACGAAAAUUGGUUCUUUUUGAUAAACAAAUUGAAUUAGCGAGAAAAAGAAGGGAUGAUUAUUUGAACUUCUUAAAAUUGAAAUAUCCUUCAUGGGACCCGCAUAACUUUUUGCCGCUUAAGAACUCGUCUGAAUCGUCAAUUAGCAAAAGGUUAACUAAUCAUUUAUCAACAAAUAUAUAUCAUUGGGAUUUAAAUCGAUUAAAAUUAUAUCAAGCAAAGCAAUCACCAUGUCUUGAACCUAAUGAUCCUAUUCCAAAGAAUGGUACUCUUAUGGACAUUGAUCUGAUACACAUGAAAAAACGUUUGCAAGAAAUUUCAAAUGAUUUAUAUCGGUUUCGUAAUCAUAGAUUAUCAUUGUCAACUCAAGAAUUCUAUCAAAUUCAAUCACCUAUUAUUAUUAAUUCCAUAAAAACUGAUAAAUUUGAUAAAUUUCUUGAAAUUAAAAAGAAAAUUAAUUCAAUCGAUCCGCAGUUAUAUAGCGAACAGGAAGCGACUCCUGCUGAUCUGGAUAAUUUCCGAGCAGAGCAACUAAUGGAAAAUUAUAUAAAUGAACAAAAAUGGAAAGAAGAAAAACAGGAAAGCUUUAUUCAUAAUAGUAAUAACCUGUCUGAAAGAAAAAAUCUUGAUGCAACUUUGGAUGAAUGCAUUCAGCCCAAUGAACUACCACCAUCUUCAGUUAGAAUUCCCCAAGAGAUCAUCGGCGGAUCUACCAUGAAACAAAGGAAUAAAAUAUUGGAUAGAGAUGCAAAGGAUAAAAACUUGUUAACAAAUUUCCUGUCAGAAGAAAAGAAUAAUCAACCUUUGGAUAAUACCACUAAUCUAUCAGGCAAGAUUUUUUUUGAUGGAAGAAAAACCUCAAAUUAUAAGAAAAUGAUUGAUAUUUUUAAAGAUGCGAACAGUAGUGCAUCUGAAGAUGAUAGUGAAGGCAGCGAUGAUGCCAAAGUUGCUAAGCAAAAAUCGAAUACAUUAAAAAUUGAUGACGGAAAUAAUGUACGACCAUCAAAUGUGGCAACUAGGAAGAACGAAGACAAGCUCAAAGAAAAUGGAGAGAAUUUCUUGACAAAAGUAUUGGGCGAAACAAUACCUAAAAAAAUUCAACAACUAUCAUCCAGCAAUUCAGACAUACUGAAAAAUAUUACUGAUCAUGAAUCCGAUUCUGACAGUGAUUUCUUUAAUUAA